AGGUGCUGGUUUGCCAAGCUCCGCUCCAGCAGCGGCGAAGGAAGGCGAGGGAGCGGAGGGGAGGAACGCGGCACGCGGCGGCUGCAGCGGCUCGGGGCGGGCGGGCGAGCGGGCGAGUGAGGAGCGCGGCAGCGGGCGGCGGAGCCCCGGGGCGCCUGAGAGCCGCGGCCCCGGCGUGCAGUCCGCCCAGCGGGCUGGCGGGCCGGCGGCAUGGGGGAGCGUCCCGCUCGGCCCGAGCCCUAGCGGCGGCCGCGGCGGCCCGGCGCUGAGGCGAGAGGUGGCCGCCUGGCGGAGGAGGGGACCCGGGGCCGGCCCGGCUUCCAGAGCAUGUCGUGAUGGCUGCGGAGAAGACACUGCAGGAAUACGGGGUGCUGUGCAUUCAAGAAUACAGGAAAAGUAGCAAAGUGGAAUCAAGUGUGCGGAACAGCUUCAUGGGCCUGAAGGAUCACCUGGGGCAUGACCUUGGCCACCUUUAUAUGGAGAGCACUGACCCACAGAUAAGUGCAGCUGUGCCUUGGCCUAUGGCAGAGAAGCCAACAAUGGAUACAGUCAGUUCAGGGAAGGAAGAAAAAGAGGUGUCUGAAGAGAACGUGAGCUCUGGUGACUCUGAAGAAAGCACAAAUUCUGAUCAUGAGUCAGGACAACUGAGUAGCCUUUCAGUAGAGCCGUGCUUAUUAACCAAGGCUCACAGACAGUUAUGUCGGUCUCCCUGUUUAGAGCCCCACCUACUCAAACACAGUGACAUUUUGCAAGACUUUAAACCAGAUGGGUCCCAGACUCCAUCCAAGGAAGUAAAGAAACCCCCUGACGUAGUUCGAGAAUACCAAACAAAACUGGAGUUUGCACUGAAGUUAGGUUAUUCUGAAGAGCAGGUCCAACUUGUGUUGAACAAACUUGGUACUGAUGCUUUAAUCAAUGACAUAUUGGGAGAACUUGUCAAACUUGGAAAUAAAAGUGAAGCGGAUCAAACAGUUAGUACUAUAAACAGUGUCAUGAGGGAAGCAUCGUCUCUGGAAUCUCAGAGGUCUGAGUCUCCAAUGCAAGAGAUUGUAACAGAUGAUGGCGAAAAUCUGAGACCAGUGGUUAUUGAUGGCAGCAAUGUGGCAAUGAGCCAUGGAAACAAAGAAGUAUUCUCCUGCCGAGGAAUAAAAUUGGCAGUGGAUUGGUUUUUGGAAAGAGGCCACAAAGAUAUUACGGUUUUUGUUCCUGCUUGGAGAAAAGAGCAAUCCCGACCUGAUGCUCUCAUCACAGACCAGGAAAUCCUGCGGAAACUAGAGAAGGAAAAAAUCCUGGUGUUUACACCUUCCCGGCGCGUCCAGGGCAGACGGGUGGUGUGUUAUGAUGACCGGUUCAUCGUGAAGCUGGCCUUUGAGUCUGACGGCAUCAUUGUGUCCAACGAUAACUACAGAGAUCUGGCGAAUGAGAAGCCAGAAUGGAAGAAGUUCAUAGAUGAACGGUUAUUAAUGUAUUCCUUUGUCAAUGACAAGUUCAUGCCCCCUGAUGACCCUCUUGGAAGACAUGGCCCAAGUCUGGAUAAUUUUCUGAGAAAGAAGCCCAUUGUUCCUGAGCACAAAAAGCAACCUUGUCCAUAUGGAAAGAAGUGCACCUACGGACACAAGUGCAAAUAUUACCACCCAGAAAGGGGCAGCCAGCCUCAGCGGUCAGUAGCUGAUGAACUUCGUGCCAUGUCUAGAAACACAGCAGCCAAAACUACAAAUGAAGGAGGACUGGUAAAAAGCAACAGCGUUCCUUGUAGCACUAAGGUUGAUAGCACUUCAGACGUUAAACGAGGCGCUCCAAAGAGGCAGUCAGACCCAAGCAUAAGGACUCACGUCUACCAAGACAUAGAGGAAAAGCUUCCCACCAAAAACAAAUUGGAAACCAGGUCUGUACCUUCCUUAGUUAGUAUACCGGCCACUCCUACUGCAAAACCCCAAAGCACUACAUCUUUAAGCAAUGGCCUUCCAUCUGGAGUUCAUUUUCCACCUCAGGAUCAAAGACCACAGGGACAGUACCCUCCAAUGAUGAUGGCAACCAAAAAUCAUGGAACGCCAAUGCCUUAUGAACAGUAUCCAAAAUGUGACUCUCCUGUUGACAUUGGAUAUUAUUCCAUGUUGAAUGCUUAUUCAAAUCUGAGUAUCUCAGGCCCCCGAAGUCCUGAAAGGCGUUUCUCAUUAGACACUGACUAUCGAGUGAAUUCUGUAGCUUCAGACUGCAGCAGUGAAGGGAGCAUGAGCUGUGGGAGCAGCGACUCCUAUGUGGGGUACAACGACCGGUCCUAUGUCAGCUCUCCUGACCCACAACUGGAAGAGAAUCUGAAGUGUCAACACAUGCACCCUCACAGCCGCCUUAAUUCCCAGCCCUUCCUGCAGAAUUUCCAUGACCCCUUAACCAGAGUGCAAAGUUACAGUCACGAAGAACCAAAGUUCCAUCCCAAGCCUCCCCUUCCACACUUGGCUAUGCAUCUGCAGCACCCUGCUGUGGGUGCCCGGUCCAGCUGUCCCGGUGAUUACCCCUCUCCACCAAGCUCCACACACUCGAAGGCGCCACACCUCGGAAGGUCCCUAGUGGCCACGAGAAUAGACAGCAUUUCUGAUUCUCGACUCUAUGAUAGUUCUCCUUCAAGACAAAGGAAGCCUUACUCACGCCAGGAAGGCCUAGGAAGCUGGGAUAGGCCAAGCUAUGGGAUGGAUGCCUACGGCUAUCGGCAGACUUACUCCUUACCCGAUAACUCCACACCCCCCUGUUACGAGUCAAUCACCUUCCAGAGCCUGCCUGAGCAGCCGGAGCCCACCUGGCGCAUCCCAUACUGUGGCAUGCCACAAGAUCCCCCGAGGUACCAGGACAACCGAGAGAAGAUUUUUAUCAAUCUGUGCAACAUCUUCCCCCCUGAACUUGUGAGGCUCGUCAUGAAAAGGAAUCCGCACAUGACGGAUGCUCAGCAGCUUGCCGCAGCCAUCCUCGUGGAGAAAUCCCAGCUGGGGUAUUGAACAGAUGAUGCAUCUUUGUGGUGUCGACUAGUUUUUUUGUUCAGCUCAGAUGCUGAGGGAGGUUUGCUACAAUAGCACAUGUGAUCUCCUUCUCAGCAAGGAGGUUAUAUAGUAUCCAUUUAUGUGAACUACUGUAUCAUGGAAUCUCUAUGGAACCCCAUUUGGUGGACACAUCACGGGAUUGCUUUACAUUCAGACUUUUUUUAAAAAAAAAAAAAUUCCUUUUUAAAGCUAUACACUUGGCUGGAAGUUUCUCCAGUUUGAUUUAAUAGAUGUAUCUGUGAUCUUUGAUAUUCCUCUUUGGUGCAUCAGGGGUUUAUAUGCAGCACUUUUUAAUCCUUGUUUCCUGUCUUAUUAACUUGGUGUUUGUCUGUCAACUGCAAGCAAUUGCAGUACCUUCCAGAUGUGGAGGUACUGGACUAGAUCUAGCCAACGAUUCCCUCAAGCCAAGCUUAACUAGAAUCCUUUACAGCUUUUUAAGUUAUUUUUAUUUGGGGAAAGUGGGCUUCUUUGUGCUAUAAUCAUUAUUUAUAGAAACAAAGAUAUACUACAGCACUGACUUUAUAUUUUAAAUGAAAUGUAAGUUACCAGUUAUAUUAAAAUGGGUAAUAGUACAUAUUAGAAAGAUUUCCAGUAUGGCACUUUUUAUUAUUUUAUUUUUGUUUGGAGGUUUCCUGUUAAGAAAAUUAGUUAAUUUUAAAUGGUCAGUUUAAAAGAAAGCAGAUGCAAUCAAUGGAAAAAUGUUUCCAUUUUCUUUUUUAUGAAUAAGGCAAAAGCCGUAACUAUUACAGGUUAAAGCUUUGUUUUCCAGUUGAAAUGUGCUUCUUGGCAGUAGAAAUGAGACUGAAGUCCUAGUUUUCCAUUCACGUAUGUUCUUAACGUCUGUCUGUCUAUGGGAGGCACGAUACUGGAUGAAUAACCCUUUCACAGUACUUGCCUGUUUUUAAUGAAUCUAAGUAUUCUCAAUGCAACUUUUAUAUUUAAUACACUCUAGCUUUCCUGCUCUUUAUCAAGGCUGGCCUGAGGUGGUCUGAUGUGUUGAGGAGAUGCAACAUUUAUUGAUACUGCACUAUAGAAAUGGCAAUGGGGAACUUGUAAAUGGUAACUUUGAAUUUUUGUAAUAUAUUGUAUAUUUUCCAUUUUCCUGAAGGUAGUUUUUUGGGGGCCUAUUAUAUUAUUGAGGCCACACUCUUGCCACAAAUAGUGUAGUUUUAGAUACAGACUAAGGUCUGUUCUAGUAUUAGUAAGGGAUAUUUCUGGUUGCAAAGUCACGGGGUUUGCUUACUGUAGUGACGUUUCUGAGGAUUGGAAGAUGGGUUCACGAUCAGAGCAGAUGGUGUUGCGCUGGACAGAAUUUGAGCCUGAGUCACUUAGUGUAAAGGACAAGUCCAGCUCUGUUCCUGUCAUCAGCCUGGGUGCUCUGGUCUGGAUGCUCCUGUAACCUAAGAGAAGCAAAGCCCUGAAAACCAGAAAGUACCUUUUACUGUUGAUACAAAUUGUAUCUUUUUAACAAUAAGAACUAUUUUGAUUUGUAGAUCUAGUUAAAAACACAAAUGUGUAACUAUAAUUAGACUUUUGGGCAACAUUUUAUCCCUUAUUUAAAUAUAAAAUUUUAAAGUAAAAUCGAAGUCUAGAAUAGGAUAGAAAAUAAAAGUAACAAUUAAGGUAAAUAAAGGUGUCUGUCUUAGUUUUAUAUAUUAAAAUAUAUUAAAUAAAUUUAUUGGCAUUUUCUUUCUCCUAAAAUUUACCUAGUGUGAACUUAACUUAAAAUAAAGAUAAAAUGCUGCCUGAAAAUAACGUCCAAGCAUCUUCGACUAGGAUAACAUUUUCACUACUUGUGUGACACUGUGUGUUGCAUGGAGUAGGAUUUGGGUACACAGUAAAUGCUUCUAAACGGCAUUGUGCAUAUUAGCAUAUCCAAUAAUCUGAACCAUGUUCAGCAAACUUAAUUCAGGAAAGUGCUGUUCUACAGUUACUGCUGUUGUGUUGGAGUGAGUGUGGCGCACAUCUUUCCCGAGAGUGAUGCAGACAGCGCCACCCCAGCCAUUCCGAGUGGCGUCUGUCUGAGAAUGGCGGCUGACUUGGGCGACUGUCCUUGAUUCUGUCAGUCAUUAGCUGAAGGACAGGUUGAAUUGUGGAGGCUAAGAGUGCCAAAAACAGGGUUGCAAAUGUGGGGUUCCUUUUACCCAGUCGUACUGUGAGCUAGAGUAGGAAGUCGCUUCAGAUGAACCUGUCACUUCUGCUUCAUGUUAGCACUGUGAUUAUUUGGAAAUGGGCAGACUUGACUAAAAUAAUGUGAGACUUUGGGUACAAAGGAUACAACUUUUGAAAUUUGGCCUUGUAAUGAUUUUAGCUGACUAGCUGCCCUCUUUUUCAUCUUUAAUAUAACCCCUGCCAGUGUCUGUCAAGGAGUGGGUAGCUCUAACCCACCCACACCUCCAUUUCUCAGUACCAUUAGCUGUGUGCUAAGGAAAAGUCUCCUUAGGACAAGAAGAGAGUCUUAAAUGAAACACCAACGUUGCUUGCAGAGUUGAACAUAUUUGGCAGACUUUAGCUACAUCAAAUUCUCAAGUAUCUCAAGUAAUAAGUAACAGGAGUCUGUUAUCAAGUUCAUAGCUGAUCAUAGACCUUAAUUUUAGCAAAAAUAUUUCUUCCCAAUUGCUAAUUCCUAUUUACCAGACUUUCUAAAGUAAAUAAAUAAACAACCUGGAAAUGGUGUGUUAAUAAGUAGUAAGAAAGUCAGAAUUGGUCAGCUGAUAAAAAGGACUCCGACUGGAAUAAUCUGCCCCUGAAUAAUAGACAGUGAUGAGCAGUUCGUUUGUCCCUGUGUCUUAGUCCAGAGGGAUUAGUACCUAACUGGCCAAAAUGGCCGUAGCACUUCCUCUGUUCUUGCAUGUAAUACAGACGUUUUCAGUCUUGUUAUCCUAAUGGGAAUAUGUCACUGACCUACACAGUGAAAGUCAUGGUCACCAGUAUAAAAUAUUUGACACUGGUGGAAACUUGAAUUUUGUGUUUUUAUGAAAAUACAUUUAUGAGACUAUGUAAUAUACCUAAAGAGGGUGUUUUAUAUAUACACAUGUUUGGGGGGUUGUUUAAUGGAUAGCAUUUUCCUGGUUGAACUAUGUUUCUUUGAGUUUUGUGACCAAGUCUAGGGUCUAUUUGAACAUAAGAUUCAGAACCACUAACAUGGAAAGAAACACUUGGUUGGUUUUAUUCUUGGUAUUUUAAAAAUUAUUUUGAUAAUUUUAAUAGAAUGUGUAAUUUUUAAAUACACAAAAAGUAGUAUUGAUUAUACAAAUGAUUAUUUAACGUGUCUUUUAUGGAUGUAUCUAUAUGUAUAUUGACAGUAAUAUAUUUAUAAAACAAAUAUACUUUAUGUUGUAUUUUUCAGUUUAUAAUAGACAUGGGGAUGACUCCGUGUGUGUGUGUGUGUGUAUCUGUGUAUGUAUGUAUGUGUGUACAUGUAUGUGUGUGUACAUGUUUACACACAUAUCAAUGUCUGGCUGGCUAUCUGCUGUCUGCCUUUCUGUGUGAAAGCUGAGCUCCUUCCCCUGACUUGCUGGUAUUUACUCUGAAGUGUAUUUGGUUUUUGUUCCUCCUUUCAAUAGCCUGUUUCCUUAGUCAGGAGAAAACAAGAGGGACAGUUUUUAUAGCUUCUCUGUUGCUGGGUGGCUCUUCCAGUUCAUUCAUCUCUAAUUCUUGGAGAAUGCCUGACAUCAAGCAAGAUUAUGGCUAGAGAUAAUGAUUAUGUUCCAAAUAUAUUACAAUUGAAAACUCCAGCUGUGGUGUUAAAAUUUCAGGAUACACACAAAUGAACAAACUAAAGCAUAGAAGAUUAGUCACAGACACAUCAGAAUGCAAGGAAGCCAGGUACCUGUGUGUGAAAGCAAAGGCCCUUGUGUUGUUCUAGACACCUAGGAAUUAAGCCCUAGGUGAUGUGCCAGCAACUCCUUCUGUGUAGGAUCUGCUCUCAGAGAACAAACAGUCUCUUAAAAACUGUUCACCCUUGCCUUUACAAUGUAAAAGCCACAGGCAACAUAGGGAGAAAAAUGUGACUUUUUUAAAUAAAAAUUUAUUUACAGAAACAAGCACCAGGUUAGUUUUACCUGUGGGCCAUUCCUGAGCCCUGACCUUGAGGGAGAAAGCCAGACAUCCUAUGCAGUAAGUUCUGGCAUAUGUUAAUAUAAUAAGUACUAGCUAUGUAUCUCAGAGGUCACCUAGUAGUCACUGUGUCCUUCAGAAGAUGAUGUAUGAUGGUCACUUAGCACACCCAUCAAAGAGAGAAGAGUAUGGAAUUUUUCCUUGAGCUUUGAGUACGUAUUUAUGAAUAAGAUUCCUUUAUCUUUUGUUUGUUAAUGGCCUCAUGAACCAAAAACAGUCUGUUUUUAAAACCUAGCCUACAAUUUAGCCACAAAUUUUUCAAAGAUUGUAUUUUUAGUUACAUUUUUCUGUUGAUUUUGUCUUCUGAUACUCAACAGACCUGUUCUCUUUUACAAGUGGUUUUAAAGACUGACAUACUGUACUUUCACAGUUUAGGAGUUUUCUGUAAUAUUUAAAGCAGAGUACUCUAACAGCUAUAAUGAGUGCAUUUGUUACAUUGUCACUCUUAAUUAGAAACAUGCAUGUCUUCUUUUUCUGUCCAAAUGCUCACCCUAGAGGUUUUAGACACUGUAGGGGCUGCCAUGGGAGUGGUGUUCUUAGGACCACCUGUGAGUCUGACUUGACUGGAGGUCAUACUGUCGAGCAUGCUCAUUCCCAGUGCUUCAUUCAUGGACACAGCAAUAACACUCUCUUCAUAGGAUUGUGAAGUAGCUAUGGAAACCACCACCUACUUAGGUAGUCACACUUCCUUUUAAACUUGGGUGCAGCUCUGGCUUUAACAGUGUUACUGUUUCUUCUGCAGUGCUCUCACCUUGCCUGUUGCUCCUGUGAGGACAACACCAUCAUAUUUAGACAUGGCUUUUUCCUGUGAUCCUCAGUCCUUCAGAUUUCAUCACAAUUUCAGGUUUUGACCAUUUGGCAGUUGAGAAUGUCUAUACAUGUUUUCACUCUUUGUAAACUUGUAAAGUUUCAUUUCAUAAACCAUGUACUGACUUUCUAUCCAGGUAUUUGAGGUCAACAACAGAUGUUUCCCAGCAAAGCUUUUACCACUUCUCUCUAAAGCAGCUGCUGUCUCGCAGGGAAAAGAAAUCCAGUGGUUGUUUUGUAAGUAUAUACACACAUAUUUGUCUAUGUGUGUGUGUGUAUAUAUAUAUAUAUAGAUAUAGAUAUUAGAUAGAUAGAUAUGUAUUUAGAUUUCCCCUAGGUUUUUUAAAUUAUUAAUUUUCUACCUUCUGUUAAAUACCCACGAAUGGUCAAAUACUACAGAUAUGGUAUACCCUCUCUGUCAGCCCUCCUUCCCCUCCCAACUAUAGUUGUAUGCUGGUAGAGAAUUUCUUUGUUGAUCCUUCAAGCUUUUCUUACAGGAAAAAUAAGGUAAAGAAUAUCUUUAGAGCACCCAUUUUAUAAAUGUAUUAUUCGGUUUAUCACUUUCUGUCCUGUGUGUUUCUGUAAUGGGGUUUUACAAUCUCCAAAGCAGUGGAAACAACUAUUCGAUUCUGCUAUAGAGGGGGAAAUACUAAAUACUCAUUUUUCCUGUGAUAGGUUGUUGUUUCAUGAAGAAAUUGAUCUCAUAUGACAGCAUAGAUGCUAAAUAAACAAAGCAUUUUCCUCCUCUGGUC